UAUUUGUGACAGGAUUUUAACCACACUGGGUUCACAGUUUGACUUAAGAACGUUGCGGGCCGUCAGAGUGCUAAGACCCCUCAAACUGGUGUCUGGAAUCCCAAGUCUUCAAGUAGUAUUAAAGUCCAUUAUGAAGGCCAUGGUCCCCCUUCUUCAGAUCGGACUGUUGCUCUUCUUUGCCAUUGUUAUGUUUGCCAUCAUCGGCGUUGAGUUCUACAUGGGCAAAUUCCACUUCACCUGCUUUAAAAUAGAUACAGGAGAAAAAGUUGGUGAUUACCCAUGUGGAGCAGAACGUCCUUCAAGAGUGUGUCCCAAUGGAACAGUAUGUAGGGAGUACUGGACAGGACCCAACUUCGGCAUCACCAAUUUCGAUAACAUCCUCUUCGCCAUCCUCACAGUCUUCCAGUGCAUCACCAUGGAAGGAUGGACCGACGUACUGUACCAUGCCAAUGAUGCCUCGGGGAACACCUGGAACUGGCUGUACUUCAUCCCUCUCAUCAUCAUUGGCUCCUUCUUCAUGCUUAACCUUGUCCUGGGUGUCUUAUCAGGGGAAUUUGCCAAAGAAAGAGAGCGAGUGGAGAAGAGGCAAGAGUUCUUGAAGCUCCGCAGACAGCAGCAGAUUGAGAGAGAGCUCACCGGAUACCUGGAAUGGAUAUGCAAGGCAGAGGAGGUGUUGCUGGCAGAGGAGGAUCAGAAUGCUGAGGAGAAAUCCCCUCUGGAUGUGCUGAAACGAACAAAGACCAGGAAGGGUCGCAAUGACCUCAUCAGUGCUGAAGAAGGAGAGGAACACUUUACGGACAUCUCCUCUGUUGCACCACCUGGAUCACCUUUUGCUCGAGCUAGCCUGAAGAGCAGUAAGAAUGAUAGCUCCUCAUACAUUCGUCGAAAGGAAAAGAGGAUACGCUUUUUCAUCCGGCGGAUGGUGAAGGCACAGAGUUUUUACUGGAUUGUUCUGUGUUUGGUGGGUUUGAACACGAUGUGUGUGGCCAUGGUCCAUUACGAUCAGCCUGAGUGGCUCACCAAGGCCCUGUACCUGGCAGAGUUUGUAUUCCUGGGUCUGUUUCUGACAGAGAUGACUCUGAAGAUGUACGGCCUGGGGCCCAGAAACUACUUUCACUCCUCGUUCAACUGUUUUGACUUUGGGGUAAUUGUGGGAAGUAUAUUUGAGGUGGUGUGGGCUGCGAUUCAGCCUGGGGCAUCUUUUGGGAUCAGUGUUCUGAGAGCCCUGCGCCUGCUCCGUAUUUUUAAAGUAACCAAGUACUGGAACUCUUUGCGGAAUCUAGUGGUUUCACUGUUAAACUCGAUGAAGUCCAUCAUCAGUUUGCUCUUCCUCCUCUUCCUCUUCAUCGUGGUAUUUGCCCUGCUAGGGAUGCAACUCUUCGGGGGCCAGUUUAAUUUUGAAGAUGAAACUCCCACUACAAACUUUGACAGCUUCCCUGCAGCCAUAAUGACAGUCUUCCAGAUUCUGACAGGAGAGGAUUGGAAUGCAGUGAUGUAUCAUGGGAUAGAGUCCCAGGGCGGCGUCCGGAGUGGAAUGUUCUCCUCGGUCUACUUCAUUGUUCUUACACUGUUUGGAAACUACACACUUCUCAAUGUAUUCUUGGCCAUCGCUGUGGAUAACCUUGCCAAUGCACAGGAGCUGACAAAGGAUGAAGAGGAACAAGAGGAGGCAGCAAAGAAGAACAUUGCUCUUCAGAAGGCCCUGGAGGUGAAGGAGGUCAGCCCCAUGUCUGCUGCCAACAUCUCAAUAGCAGCUUUUGUAAAGCAAAAUCGAGAUGCAAUCUCUCGCAGGUCUUCAGUCUGCAGCGUUCACUCACCUAAAGAGCAGCAGAGGUCAUUGCAGAAGAUGUCCAUAUGGGAGCAGCGCACCAACCAGCUGCGUCGUCACAACCUGCGCAACAGCAGCGAGGCCCUUUACAGCGAACUAGAGCCUGAAGAGCGUCUGCGCUUGUCUUCGGUGCUCCAUCUGCGGCCCGACAUGAAGGCCCACCACGAUCGGCCGCUGGUAGUGGAGCACCGAGACGGUGCUGUGGACAAUUCUAGGACUGACAGAGAUGGAGACACUGCAGACUGUCAGCAGUCCUCCGGCCACCCAAGGAAGCACCAUCGAUGUCGAGGAGAGAACGGAGAUGCAGGAGAGGGGAGGCAUCAUAGACACCACAGCCGAAACAGAGAGAACCAGGGCGGCCUGGAGCACAGCAGCAAUCAGGAUGUAGGACACAGUAACCAACACACGGCUGGUUCUCCUGAGGAGGAGAGAGAACACAGACACCACCAUUCUCGCCGAUCCAGAGAGGUCAACGGAAAUGGCAACGGCACGAUCGGUAAUGGAGGCAGAGGCGAGGGUAGGGUACGAGGUCACAGGGAGGGCGAAGGAGGGAAUGGAGAGAGGAGAAGACACCGGCCACGUGUUAAAGCCCAGUCAACACUGGAUGGAGAAGAAUUUAGGGAAAAUGGUGGAAAACACAGGGGCAGACCAACAGGAACAGACAGCCUUACCACCAGCCCUCUCCAGUCUCCAACUGAAGAGAAGCCAGAAGACAAAGAUAAUCUAAAAAACAGCACCAGAGUGGGCCCAGCUGGAGUCAACAUCCCUGUCACCAUAACUGCCCCACCUGGAGAGACUACAGUCAUUCCCAUGAACAACAUUGAUGGUGACAGUCUACUGCUGAACGAGGAAAAGAAGGAUCUCGAUGAGCUAAAUCAGAAUGUACCCAAACACAUUCUCCCAUACAGCUCCAUGUUUGUGUUCGGUCCAACUAACCCAGUGAGAAGGCUUUGUCAUUAUGUGGUGAACCUGCGGUAUUUUGAGAUGUGUAUCCUCACAGUCAUCACCAUGAGCAGCAUCGCCCUCGCUGCUGAAGACCCUGUGCAGGCCAAUGCCCCGCGCAAUGAUGUGCUGAAAUACCUAGAUUACGUCUUCACUGGUGUGUUCACUUUUGAGAUGGUAAUAAAGAUGAUCGAUCUUGGGCUGCUGUUGCAUCCUGGGUCUUACUUCAGGGACCCAUGGAACAUACUGGACUUCAUCGUAGUCACUGGUGCUCUGGUGGCCUUCGCCUGCUCGAGCUUCAUGGGAUCACAGCAAAGCGUGACCAGAGGAACUAAAGGCAAGGACAUCAACACUAUCAAGUCCCUAAGGGUCCUUCGAGUCCUGAGGCCCUUGAAGACCAUUAAACGAUUACCUAAACUCAAGGCUGUGUUUGACUGCGUGGUGAACUCCCUGAAGAAUGUGCUCAACAUCCUCAUCGUUUACAUACUCUUCAUGUUCAUCUUCGCGGUUAUUGCUGUGCAGCUUUUCAAGGGGAAGUUUUUUCACUGCACGGAUGAAUCCAAAGCCCUGGAGAAGGACUGCAGGGGGCAGUUCCUGGAGUAUGGCAGUGAUGGACUGGCCAUGACACUGCCGCGCGAGUGGAAGAAGUAUGAUUUCCAUUAUGACAACGUCCUGUGGGCCUUUUUGACCCUGUUCACUGUCUCUACAGGAGAAGGCUGGCCAACAGUGCUGAAACACUCUGUUGAUGCCACGUAUGAAGACCAGGGUCCCAGUCCAGGUUACCGCAUGGAAACCUCCAUCUUUUAUGUAGUCUACUUCAUCGUCUUCCCCUUCUUCUUUGUCAACAUCUUUGUGGCUUUGAUCAUCAUCACGUUCCAGGAGCAGGGAGAUAAAGCCAUGGCAGAGUGCAGCUUGGAAAAGAAUGAGCGAGCUUGUAUCGACUUUGCCAUCAACGCCAAACCUCUGACACGCUACAUGCCGCAGGACAAGCAGUCUUACCAGUACAAGAUAUGGAAGUUUGUGGUGUCCACUCCGUUUGAGUACUCCAUCCUGACCAUGAUUGCCAUCAACACAGUGGUCCUCAUGAUGAAGUUCCAUGAUGCUCCUAAUCCGUAUGAGGACAUGUUGAAGUGGCUGAACAUCAUCUUCACGGCUCUCUUCACUCUGGAGUGCAUUCUCAAGGUUAUUGCCUUCGGCCCUCUGAACUACCUGAAGGAGGCAUGGAAUAUUUUUGACUUUGUUACUGUGCUGGGGAGCAUCACUGACAUCCUGGUUACUGAGAUCGAGACGGAUAAGAGGAUUAAUCUGAGUUUCCUGAGACUCUUCCGGGCCGCCCGUCUCAUUAAACUACUACGACAGGGCUACACCAUUCGCAUCCUGCUCUGGACCUUUGUUCAGUCCUUUAAGGCCCUGCCGUAUGUGUGUCUCCUCAUUGCAAUGCUCUUCUUCAUAUACGCCAUCAUUGGGAUGCAGGUGUUUGGCAACAUCAUGUUGUCCGAGGAGUCAGCUAUCAACAUCCAUAAUAACUUCCAAACAUUUUUUCAGGCCCUCAUGUUGUUGUUCAGGAGUGCUACAGGGGAGGGUUGGCAUGAAAUUAUGCUGUCUUGUCUGAGUGAAAGGCCAUGUGACCGUGACUCUGGAUAUUCUGGAAAAGAGUGUGGCAGUGACUUCGCUUACUUCUACUUUGUUUCUUUCAUUUUCCUUUGUUCCUUCCUGAUGCUGAAUCUGUUCGUCGCUGUCAUCAUGGAUAACUUUGAGUACCUGACACGUGACGCUUCUAUUCUUGGGCCUCAUCACCUCGACGAGUUCAUCCGUGUUUGGGCUGAGUACGACCCUGCCGCCUGUGGACGCAUAUCCUACCUCGAUAUGUACGAGAUGCUUCGCCACAUGUCCCCUCCACUAGGUUUGGGAAAGAAAUGUCCUCCAAGAAUCGCCUAUAAGCGGUUGGUGAGGAUGAACAUGCCCAUAGCUGAAGAUAGUACGGUUCACUUUACCUCCACUUUAAUGGCACUAAUCCGGACCGCCCUGGAGAUUAAACUGGCAUCAGGAGUUCUGGCUCAGAGGCUUUGUGAUGCCGAAUUAAGGAAGGAGAUAAAUAAAAUUUGGACUAACUUGUCUUCAAAAACAGUGGACCUGCUGGUGACACCUCAUAAACAUAAUGAAUUGACUGUUGGGAAGGUCUAUGCUGCUCUCAUGAUUUUCGACUACUAUAAGCAGAACCGAGCCAAAAGACUCCAACAGCAGCAGGCUGCACCAGGCACACAGAGUAAAGUUGGAGUCCUCUUCAGACCAAUGCUUCCUCUCACACACUUGCACGAUCAGGAGCCACUAGUGCUGAAAGCCCCGCCCUCUUCUCAAUCAGAUACCACACCACAGCCAGAUGCCCCGCCCACAUCCUUGAACCUGACCAACGGGGAUGCAGUACAAAGCCAGAGCAGUGCCAUGAAAAAAUCUCCAUCUGGAGACAUACCUCAGGAAGUCACACAGGAAGCAAACAGAAGGCCUCUCCAACGGGGCCAGUCGGAAGAUGUGCCAAACACAUACAGAUCUCAGGAAUUUGUUGAGAUGACUGACAUGGAGAAUGACUCUGAUGUGGGCGGGUAUCCUGUGCUGGAGGGUCACGGCAGAGCUGCCUCCAUGCCCAGACUCAACGCUGGCUUUCAGCGGAGCCACUUACGCCACACCGCCGGAACGUAUCUAGCACCUAUCGCAGACGUGAGUCCCAUGCGGCGGUCUACGUCCUCAUUGAAUCCUCAGAGAGGGGUGCGAGAGGUCAAUCUGAGCGAUUAUGACCUGGAGAGGCCCAAGAUGGCCCCGGGCCAGACCCUCACUCAGGAGAGAGAGAGGGAGAGAGCUCAUCAUCAUCAUCACCAUCAUCAUCACCGCUGCCAGCGGCGCAGAGACAAGAAGCACAAAUCACUGGAUCGAGCCAUCAACGAGGAGCAGCCUCCCCCUGCAGCAGAUCCAAACACUGAGCCACUGCCUAGGGAACGAGCGCGGGAGCGAGACCGCGGCCGUUCUCACGAGAGGAAGCACCAUUCAUCCUCAGCGGUGGAAAGGAAGCAGCGAUACUACUCUUGCGACCGCUACGGCAGCCAUGAACAAGGCCACAGCGUGUCCGCCGGGCCUAGCAGAUCCACAUCGCCAGGAGAACCCCAUGACCCAAACAGGCUUAAACAGGGAGUUAACACUGCUAAAGGAACUUCAAUCGUUCAUACCUCAGGCACUAGCACACCCUGCCGCGGGCGUAGACAGCUCCCACAAACGCCCCUUACCCCUCGGCCCGCUGUUGCCUACAAGACUGCCAACUCCUCUCCAGUCCAGCUCAACACUGUCCAGUCUACAGGGCCCUGCCCCACUCGCCUUAGUCGUGGCCUGUCAGAGCACGACGCCCUACUCAGUGGUAGCACCCACCGCCAAACUCCCGUGCCUGUCACUCGUAUCGGCUCUGACCCCAACUUAGGUCCCCCCCAGCAAGACUCGCACUUGUCUGAAUCGGAUGACUUCCACGAUGCCUUGAGCACGUACGGCACAGGCCGCUCCCCUAGGACUGCAGCCUCCAUCGCCCACACUUCAUCAGGUGCGACCCACACUUCCACGCUGCUGUCGCGCAGCCAGAGCGGAGUUCCCAACGGUUAUCACUAUUCCCUCGGAGUAAACAUGGCGCCUGGGUCGGGCGGUAGAGCAUCUGGAAGCUACCAGGAGACUGAGAGAGAUGACUGGUGUUAGCAUGAUUCAAUCUAGCGUGAGUUUUAUCAUCUUUGCCCUAAGAGGAGGAGCCAAGUUUUGGAGGGAAACAAGAGUUCUGUCUGCAGUUUACACUAUUACAACUGUUUAACAUCAGCUUGAGCCAAUAUGGUUUUAUAAAGGUGUUCUUCUCUUGUUUACAGACGUCCUUGCUACUGUUUGUGAAAGUUGCGGCACAGAUGGAAAGAACUUGGAGGUCUUGAUAGGUUUCAAACUGAAUAGUUUAGCCUCAAGUGGCUCUCCCCACCUCUGUUAAUUUCAUUAGGGCUGAUUCCACAAGGGUCACAUGCAGGGAGAUGGUCACAUCAGCUGUGAUUGUGAUCGAGACCUCAGACCCCCAAAAACACAAGCUAUGGUGAAAACAGUUGUGUGGAAAAAGUUAGACCUUUAGAUGUUGAGAUUUGUUGAGAUUGUUGAGAGGUUCUUUUUGCACAGGACACAAUGACUGAAAAGUUAUUUCUAGGGAUUUUGGCAGUGUGUCCACCAAAAACGUUUAGUUUUUUUUCUGAAUGGAGCAUAUAAUUUCAAUUGUUCGCAGUGGAAGCACCACGUUUUAGUGUGACGUGGCAGCAGGCGUCUGUUCCAAGCUCAGUGUUUCUUGUUGUUGAGAGUUGAACAGUGUUCAUCUUUGGGUAAAAUGUAGCAUGCAUCACUGUUACUUUUUACGUUAACAUUCUAUUUCCAUUAGAGGAUGGGCAGGACAAAUACAACACCAACCAACCAUCACAUUCUACUUGUAUAAUAAUUGAAUAACCAUUGUCUGACACCCACAGAUUACAACAUUAACAUGAAAAAAAAUGACUUGUGUGAGUAACAUUUUAGUCGUCUUGGGUCUACCAGGUAAGCUGCUAAAUGCUGCACCUCCAAAUCACUCAACUGGGAAUUUUCAAAAGAGUUGCUGGCAUUUUCAGUGGCUAAAAACUAUUUGGUGGACACACAACCUUAAGGUUUGUGCUGCAGUAAUUCUACUACUUUCUCUAGCUUGAGUGGAACAGACGGUGUGCUCCCACCUACUGAAAAAAGGCCAAAUUAAACUCACUUUUCUAUCAGACUGCAGUAGAUUGAAUAUCUUUUCACAGUGUUCCAUUUUGUACCUUGUAAAUGAUCCAAGUGUAUCUGGACAUUACGUAAGGUCUAAUCCUUGUCUUACUCUCAAGGGGUAAGAUACCAAGUGCCUAAACUUUGAGAUUUUAUUGCCACAUUGGUGCGUGAUGCAUUACAAAGCAUUUGGCCUAAAAAGGCAAUGAAGAGAUUCUGUACGCUGUAGGUUAAAUGUCACUGAUAUUUGUUUCUUAGAUGUACUUGAGCAUGGGUUUAAGGAAAGAGAUUGCACAAAACAAAGACUGUAGUGUUGUAAAGUUUAGGUGGAUGUUGAUGAUGUCUGUCUUUUCUGAGUGUGUUACUGAAAUGAUUCAGGGGGAGAUACUGUAGAUGCUACUGUAUAUUAUAAAGGUAAUGCAGUUGAGUUAUAGAUGACUGAAAGGUUGUGUUUGUUGGUUGCUGUUGAUGUCAGUGUUGUUUCCAGAGGGCAUAUCAUGAGCUCAUGUCUUUCUUUUUCAGUAAUUGAGAAAGAUGGUGAGACAGAUUUGAAGCACUUUGUCCAUUUUCUCUUUUAUCUAUUAAUCACAAAAGAUUCAGUGCAAACUAUCUGAAAUAGAGAAUAUGUUGUUUUCUCGCAAUUAAAGGUGCUUCACGAUGCCAUAGAAGAACCUUUUUUGUCUAAAUGGCUCCAUGAAGAACCUUUAACAUUUAAGAGCCUUUCUGUUUAAAGGUUCCUUGUGGCGAAAGAAGGUUAGAAAGAGAUGGUUCCUUAAAGAACCUUUAACUGCUUGGUUCUUCUAUGGCAUCGCUGUGAAGAACCUUUUAAGCAUCUUUAUUUUUAAGAGUGUAGUAAGAUAUUGUAAUGUUUUUGAUGAGAGUUAAAUUAAGGUCGAUUUAUUUAGAAUAUGGAUUAUUCUCUGAUCCUGCCCAUGUCUUCAGUUUGUCGACUUAAGCUGUGUCUUUUCUGUCUGAAGAGUUUAUUACAUGGUGGUAUUUUUAGGGUGAGCCUGCAAUAGAGCGCAACAGUGGCUGUCUGUUUUCUACGGUCUUGCUUCUGGAAGUGUUUUACCAUUCAUUGUCUUUAUGGGAAUUUCAAGCAGAAAUGUAUUUAAGGCAAAACAGUGUACAAAAAUAAAACUUGCUAGGUAAUAAAGCUACUGGAACAAAACUAAAUAAAUGAAUCAUAUCUUGCACGAUUUUCAUGAUUGGCAAAUCUUUUCACAGGAUUAUGAGUGGUACAUUAGUUCUUUACCAGGAAUUUUUGCUUAAGAAUGUUGCUAUGGAGAAAAUGAAUGGAAUUUUUACCCGUGAAACUCGACUGUUGCGCUUUAUAACCUAAAUGCAGGGAAAAGGUUGACUGUUGAAGUACUGUGGGGCUAUGCAACAAAAUGACACUUUAGGACUGCUCCUCAUCCUGUAGCUUUACCUGCACUCAACACAAACUAGCUUUAGUACCAAUGGGACCAAUUCAUUGCUUCACAGAGAUCUUUAUAUAUACAGGAUGUGUAGAUUAGCUCACCUAAAAAUGCCAGAUUUUAAUGCAGAUGCAUUGCUGAUUGUGCUUGAUAUUGAUGUGCCCUCUGAAAGUAUAAAAAUUAAUAUAAUGGUAUUUGUAGCCCACUGGUUGCACUAUAGGUUGGGAAUUGAUGUUGUGUUACGCAACCUGUCGCUAAAAGAAAGGUUAAUGUAAAGACAUUUGAUUUCUUUAUUUUUUUACAGUAUGUGAUGUCUUAGUGAACUACAGUACUUUUGGCCAACAUUUCCGUUUUGGGAUGGAGAUGAGUGUUGUGAACCUAAUAGAUCUUUGGCUUCCCUUUAUUUAGACAUCACCUUUCCUCUUUUAAAAAAAGUAAAUAAAAACAGAAAAAAAUGCACACACACAUAUAUAUGCCAGGUGCCAAAUUUAUUACAGCACUAGUUUGUGUCAGUGUGCUGUACACUUUGUCCAACUGGCCUGAGGCUAAUCUCUUUGGAUGAUGUCAUGUUUGCAUGUUAUGAUGUCAUAUGUAUGUGCAUGUAGGAAAUUUUAUACCUUCAUCCAUGUUUUUCUGUGAGGAGUUAAUUGGCUGGUGAUUUUUUUUUUUUUUAGAAAGAAUCUUUGAUACACUUAGCCCUGGAUUUCUGGGAGAAAAUUAGAAGACCCUUCUCUUCUCAGUUUGAUGUAAGAGAUGUUGAAAACAGUGGAGCGAUGCACAGAGACGACAGAUGCCUCACUCCUGUGAUCUGAUGAUCGAUCUAUGAUGACAUAUAUUUCCGCUCAUUGACUCUUAUCAGUCUCAUUUCUACCAUUUACAUUUUGUAUGAAAAUGCAUCACUGAAUUGAGAGAUA